CCCUAAGUGAUGGGGUGCUGAGUACCCCUCUCCAUGUUCCAUCACUGCCUCUCCAUCUCCUCCCCCCACAGUGCUCCUACAUCCCCGCCAGACUGGACAACUACCAGCUGGCCCGGGCCGACGUGGAGAUGGUCCGUGCCCGCUUCCAGGAGCACCAGGUCUUCUUCUGCUUCUCCACAGGCCGGAGCAAUGACAGCAGCGUCCUGUUCCGCCGCCUGUAUGGCCCCCAGGCCCUGCUCUAUUCGCUCUUCUGGCCCACCUUCCUGCUGACCGGAGGUCUGCUCAUCAUCGCCAUGGUGAAGACCAACCAGUCCCUCUCCAUCCUGGCUGCCCAGAAAUAGCGGCUGUCCCCAACCCACACACACUGCCACUCUGCCAGGCCAGCUUCUGACCCCUAGGCCCCUCAUCUCACCCCACUAUCUGUCACAGGGAGAGGGGAUGACUUAGGUACAUCAUGUCCUACUCCAGAGCACUCGCUAGCUCCCUUCUGCCCAGGUGAGCUCCAGGACCCUUUCUUGUCCCUCCAUCCCCCUGGCCUCCCCACAGAUGAGGGCAGUUCUCACCUCUGUGCCUCAGCGCCCCAGCCCACCUCUGAGGCCUGGCUGUCUCAGGGAGCCUCCUUGGCAAACCUGGACUCCUUCUUAGCACGAACCCCAGGGGGAAAGCUCCCAUUCAGCCUGCGCCACUCACGGGUGGUCACUUGUCCUCAGUGCUGAGUGCUAGGAACUGCUUAUUGUUUCUUGCUUUUUUUUUUUUCAUUUGGGUCAUCAUCAGGGCUUCAAGGCUCCGUGUCCUCAGUUUUAAAGCCAGAAAGCAAAACACAGAAGCAGAAAGACAGAUGGAGAGAAGGAAAGACAGCCCCAGUACCAAAGCUUUCUCCAGUGCAGUGGGGGCUGGGCUCGAGCCCUCCAGCUAAGCUGUUUUGCCAGUCCUCAGCAGGGGGUCUUAUAAAUCCAGUGGGGGAGGGUGCUGGGCUGUGGCACACCUGGUCAAGGCAACUAGUGUGCAAAGUCCUGGGUUCAGGGCCCUGCUCCCCGCCUGAAGGGGGGAAGCUUCAUGAGCAGUGAAGCAAGUUUGCAGGUGUCUCUCUGCCUCAUUCCCUCCCUAUCUUCUUGUCCCUCUCAAUUUCUCUCUGUCCUAUCAAGAAAAAAAAAAAGACCUUCAGGAGUAUUGGAUUUGAUAUGCAGGCACAGAGCCCCUGAUAGCAAACAUCAACAAUAACAACAACAACAAGAAAAACACUCUAGUGAAGAGAGUCAGAAAGGUGUCUCAAAAGUAGAGCACAGGAGGGGCUGGGUGGUGGGUCCUCAUAGUUAAGUGCACGAGGACCCAGGUUCAAGCCCCCAGUCCCGACCUGAAGUGGAAGGGGUCACUUCAUGAGUGGUGAAGCAGGACCGCAGAUGUCUCUUUGUUUCUCCAUUCCCACCCACCCCCAAUUUCUUUCUUCCUUCCUUUCUUUCUUUCUUUUUUUUUGCUUCCAGGGUUAUCACUAGGGCUCAGUGCCUGCACUACAAAUCCACUGUUCCUGGAGGCCAUUUUUCCCUUUUAUUACCCUUGUUUAUUGCUGUUGUUAUUGCUGUCAUUGUUGUUGGAUAGGAAAGAGAGAAAUCAAGAGAGGAGGGGAAGACAGAGAGAGGGAGAGAAAGACAGACACCUGCAGACCUGCUUCACCGCUUGUGAAGCAACCUCCCUGUAGGUGGGGAGCCGGGGGCUUGAACCAGGAUCCUUUAGCCAGUCCUUGUGCUUUGUGCCAUGUGCGCUUAGCCUGCUGCGCUACUACUGUGCAGCCCCACUCAAUUUCUCUGUUCUAGCAAAUAAAGUUAAAAAAAGAAAGUAGAGCAUAGGACAGGUGUGCUUGAAGGCCUCGGUUCAAUCCCCUGGCACUGCAUAUGCCAGAGCUGAGUGAGUCUCUGUUCUCUCUCUUUCUCUUAAUAAAUCAGUCUGGAAACA